GGGGUAAAGGUAUAGUAUAGUUCUUCGUCUCCUUACCACCGCUCUACUGCUUAGCACUUUCAUUGCUAUUGAUCGUCAAGAUGGUGCCACCAGUAUCACAGUCACGGCUGUUCGAGCCUUUGCAACUGGGAAAGCAUACCUUGUCUUCCCGUCUAGCAAUGGCACCACUGACUCGCUUCCGAGCGGACGACAACCAUGUCCAGCUACCCUUUGUCAAAGACUACUACAGCCAGCGUGCCUGCGUCCCAGGAACCUUGCUCAUCACGGAAGCGACUUUUAUCUCUCCACAAGCUGGGGGUUUCCCAAACGUGCCAGGAAUCUACACCGAAGAACAAGUGAAGGCAUGGAAGGUUGUAACUGACAGCGUACACCAAGCCGGCGGCGUGAUCUUUCUACAACUGUGGGCGCUCGGCCGAGCAGCCAACCCGGAUGUCAUGAAGAAGGAAGAACUUGGCGACGUGGUUAGCGCGAGUGACAUACCUAUGUCAGACAACAGCCCGAAGCCUCGCCCGUUGACCGAAGAUGAGAUUGAGCAAUACAUCCGCGAUUAUACUGCCGCUGCCAAGAAUGCCAUUGAAGCUGGGUUCGACGGUGUGGAGAUCCACGGUGCAAAUGGGUACCUGCCAGACCAGUUCACACAAGACGUCAGCAACCGACGAACGGAUAAAUGGGGUGGUAGCGUGGAGAACAGAGCGCGCUUCACGCUCGAGAUCAGUAAAUCAAUUGUCAAGGAGAUUGGUGCGGAGCGGACUGGCAUCCGUCUCAGCCCGUGGAGUGUGUUUCAAGGCAUGCGAAUGGAGGACCCAAUACCCCAGUUCAGCUAUCUCAUCGAAGAGCUGAAGAAGCUGAAGCUGGCCUACCUACACCUUGUCGAAAGCCGGAUAGCAGGCAAUGCAGACGUUGAGACGACGGAGAAGAUCAACCCCUUCGUCGAUAUCUGGGCUGGCACCUCGCCCAUACUCGUUGCUGGUGGCUUCAAGCCGGACUCGGCACGAAGGGCGGUUGACGAGGAGUAUACGGACAAGGACAUCAUCAUCGUAUUCGGAAGGUACUUCAUUUCAACACCCGACCUGGUAUUCCGACUCCAGAAGGGGAUAGAAUUGGCGCCUUACGACCGUGAUACGUUUUACAAGCCGAAGAAGCCAGAGGGCUACAUAGACUAUCCAUUUUCUGAUGAGUGGCAAAAGGAGCAUCAGGCGAAGUUGUAAAUAGACAUUUGUAAGAUUUAGAGGGCAUGAUACGAGACGCAACAUCUGAAAUUGUGCAACGUUCGUACUCGGCGACUGCGGUCAGGCCUCCGAGAGCUGCUCACGUGGUCGGAGGAUCCGUAGAUCGUGGCCUUCAAACUUUACACGGCGCGUGCCUUCCACUGCCG